UCGGUGGUGAAAGCUAUGGUUCCUCGAGGUACUUAUUUCGUUCCCGACCAGCAAUUCAACAUGUUUCACAACAUUGAUCGUGAGUUGUACGCUGUGCUUGUAAUGAAUCUAUGCCGAGACCCGGUGGAAUCGCUUCAUUGUAUCGCGUUAUGGCUGUGGCUUGAGAGGGUUGGGUUUAAAAAGGUUGUGACAAAACUGUUGCCUUUGCCUCGUGUACUGGUGAACGAGCUUGCCGAUGAGGCUUUGGCUUGUCUUGGAGUCAUUCACAGCGAGAAAGUCUCUCCGUUGUCCACUAGACGCAACGAUACCCCUUUGAUGCAGCGCCUGAUCGACAGUGAGCUGGCUCUCCCGUUCUUUGCCAAGCACCGGCUCAUCGCGGUGCGAGGCCUUGCUAAGCUCGUCAACGAGGUCUGCAUGAGGGCGUUGAAGGACAUCAUGCAACAGGCCGUUGAACGAAAAGCGCAUCAGAGCUUAGCUGAUCUUAGCCUGUACCAUCAACAGCAACAGCGGCAGCACCCACGACAAGUGCAAGUGCAACCACCACUAGCAGCACGAGUACCAACACCAGCACCACCUAGGGUUCAAUUUGGCUCUUUGCCAGCGGCUGCUCAAACCAACGAAGUCCAUCCCGAUGAUCGGACCAUAUUCGUGACGUUCUCGAAAGGGUACCUGGUUCAUGAAUGGGAAGUUAGGGAAUUCUUCACCAGGCUGUAUGGGAAUUGCAUCGAGUCAUUGCACAUGCAAGAUGUGAUGCCUAAUGAACAACCGUUGUUUGCUCGGAUCGUGUGUCACUCACCGGCUGCCAUUGAAUAUAUCCUUAAUGGUAAUGUCAAAGCUAAGUUCACCAUCAACGGAAAACAUGUUUGGGCUCGGAAAUUUGUGCCUAAACGCCCCAAACCACCCGCACCGCCGCCACCACCAUUCAAUUUGCCAGUUUCGCUUGGGAUAUAAUUUAAGUGGUUUUUUAAAAAAAAAGGGUUUAAAUAGUAAUAAUCCCCUUUGUGUGGUGUAAAGUCAAACCUUUGUAAAAGAGGAAGGAAUAGUAAUUUCAGUUUGAAG